ACGCCACAGGCCAUCAGAGCGCCAGUCCAGAGCACAGCAGUUGUCAGUGAACAACAGCCCGGAGGGGACAAGUGGAGGCCUGUGGUAAAUAAAGCAAGAACACCCAGCACCUUGGAUCUCUGCUUAUUCAAUCACUGGGACGUGACUAGCUCCUCCGAGUGCAUCUUCAAGCUAAACCUUCGGUCAAGUUCACCGGUGAAUCCAGAGAAGGACAAUUUCACCGUGUGACUCGAAAGAACUCCAAAACGAAGAGAGGACUCUAGAAAAAGAGAAAGGGGGGCAGGAUCAGACAUGGUGGGCCACCAGGAAAGCACCACGGAAGGGGACGCCGGGGACAGUGGCGCUCCCACAUUCUGGCGCAAGACCCUGACUGCACCUGCCCCAUUUGCCGACGAAACCAGCUGCCAGUGCCAAGCGCCCCAUGAGAAACUGACCAUUGCUCAGGCCCGCUUAGGAACACCAGUUGACAGGCCUGUCAGAGUCUAUGCGGAUGGGAUAUUUGACCUCUUCCAUUCCGGUCAUGCAAGGGCACUUAUGCAAGCAAAAACACUGUUUCCCAACAGCUACUUGUUGGUUGGAGUUUGCAGUGAUGACCUCACCCACAAAUUCAAAGGCUUCACUGUGAUGAACGAAGCAGAGAGAUACGAAGCUCUCAGACACUGUCGCUAUGUGGAUGAAGUCAUUAGAGAUGCUCCGUGGACACUCACCCCAGAGUUUCUGGAAAAACACAAGAUUGACUUUGUGGCCCAUGAUGAUAUACCCUACUCUUCUGCUGGUUCUGAUGAUGUUUACAAGCAUAUAAAGGAAGCAGGAAUGUUUGUUCCAACUCAGAGAACGGAAGGCAUCUCAACGUCAGACAUCAUCACCAGAAUCGUCCGCGACUACGAUGUUUAUGCCCGACGCAACCUACAGAGAGGGUACACAGCCAAGGAGCUCAAUGUCAGCUUCAUAAAUGAGAAGAAGUACCGCUUCCAGAACCAAGUAGACAAGAUGAAGGAAAAGGUCAAGAAUGUAGAGGAAAGAUCAAAGGAAUUUGUCAACAGAGUGGAAGAAAAGAGUCAUGAUCUCAUUCAGAAGUGGGAAGAGAAGUCAAGGGAAUUCAUUGGCAACUUCCUAGAGCUGUUUGGGCCUGACGGUGCAUGGAAGCAGAUGUUCCAGGAGAGGAGUAGCCGGAUGCUGCAGGCCUUGUCCCCGAAGCAGAGCCCUGUGAGCAGCCCCACCAGGAGCCGGUCCCCGUCCCGCUCCCCGUCGCCCACCUUCUCGUGGCUCCCGAACAAAACCUCACCGCCCUCCUCACCCAAAGCAGCCUCAGCCUCCAUCAGCAGCAUGAGUGAGGGGGAUGAGGAUGAGAAGUAAAGGCUGCCGGCAGACAGCAAGGGCCGCACCGCACAGGCUGGGGCGAGGGUGGGGUCACCGGGUGUGCCUGGGUGGGGUUGGAAGGGUGACGGUUGCAGGAGCUGCAGCUCAGCUAAGCGAAGGCCUGGGGACCAGCUUUCCCUCAGUCUCCACUCAGCAUAAGACUUGGGCUCUGCAUGGAGGUUUCAAGCCGGACAACCUUUACAAACCUUAGCAGCAUCUAGAAUCACUACUUUAACCUUGCUAAAGAAAGAUGCAGAGCACCCCCAGGAGACUUGCACUGAGUCGGGUGUCUUCUGCUUUGGUCCUUGCACCCACCCCUACCAAGUCCACCACCCAUGGAAGCGGCUGUUCCCUCAAUCUGCUACUUCCAGCUCAUAAGGGCCCUGCACGUUGCCUCCUACCACCCAAGCUCUGCCAGAAUAAAGUUGUUUCCGAUAGAGGUGGCAAAGUACUUCUGAAAUAGUCAAGUGAAAGGCCAAUUCGAGUCUUCUCAGAUUAGCUACUGAGACCUAAUGUUGCAGCACAUCGAUUCUUUACAGUUCUAGGAAUGUGGUGCAUAAACAAAGACGUGCUUUAGAUCAGAUAGAAGGUCAUCUAGCAUGAACCUUAACUUCUUAUUCAAUGGACAGUUCUGUUGAGGAGAAUGCCACAGAAGGCCUAAUAUGGUCCCGGUUGUACUUUUCAUCAUUGGUUUGACUUCAUGGUUUCCACAAAUUACCUUAAUCUGUGGAAAAUGCAACAAAGAAAAACACUGUGUGUGUGUGUGUGUAUGUAUGAAUGAAGAGGAGCUGCUUUGCUUUGGCUCCAAGUUUAGCAGAUGGUAAAUGUCUCCUGGAGCUUCUCCUAAAAGGAUGCUAACUCUGGAAUGGCUUUUCCCAUUUCUGACCAGUUAACAAUUUCAUAGGCCUCAAGUAACAGUUUGAUGUACCAAACCACAUAGUAUACCAAUAGGGGGUGCUACCUGCACGUAUCUGUUCUCCGUAUGCUCCACAUAUGCUAUCCGGGGUGUAUACCAUAUGCAAUAUGAAUGUAUGGUGGUAGCCUUCUACAAUAUAUGCUCCUGCUCUCACCCGAAUCCCCCGCUGAAAUCCUUGGUCUAAAGGACUACCUGGUUCUCUUGUGACUUGGGCACUUUGUCAAAAAAUCAUCCUGGAUUCCUGUAGAAAUGUCUUGUCCCAACCAGGAAACGAGUAUGUUGUUCUCAUGGCCUCCCAUUAUGUUUUUGGCUGGAGGGAGCCUCUGAAGAGCUUCCCAGAGCACUAUGGGAACCUUGGUGUGAUCGCAGCAUUGAAACGGACUACGUGGUUAUACAGUUAUCCCCAGCCCUAUGUUUGCCAAAUGGAAUGAAGAGCCUAAGCAUUGCUGAGUCAUUUAAAGUUACUGUCCGCUAAUGACAGAGAGGAGAGAAGCAGACAGAGUCAGGGGGUAGAACUGUACCCCUAGGUAGACGAAACAUUGCCUGUCUGUGCCAGCAAAGCCAAAGGGAGAGCUGGGGCCUAACAGAGCAGAGGCCCAAACCAGCAACUUGUGGGCAAAGCUCAGCAUCUCCUGUGACAGAAACUUCCCUUUUCUGUGACAGAACCAGCCUUUCUGGGUGACACAUGGGGCAACCAAUGAAGGAAGGUGGCAUGUCUUUCCCCUUUUGACGGGGUUGAACUACCUCCCUGCCCACCUGGAGAGAAGUGGUGUUUGCUGGGAAGCAAAACCAUGCGGCUGAGCUAGCUUGGAACCCCCUUGUCCUGGCUCGCUCCCCAGGGUUCUGUUGAGCACUCUUGUGGGACAAAGAGCUGGCGGGAACGUGGCAUGUGAGAAGGAAGCUCUCUGUAGCCAGGACCUAGAGCACUGCUCUGCAGAAGGAGCGAGGCCCCAGUUUUCCGCUGUGCCUCGCUGCUCAUUCCAGCUGCUUGACACUUAGGAUAGUGCAAGGAGGAGCACAGCCAGCCGGGCGAGGUGGGGGGAAUGAGGGCAGAAAAAGGGAGCAAAGAGGGACCUGGAGAGAGGGAAGGUCAUUGUAGAAAACCUGUGCUCUCAACCCAUUUCUGGACCUCACUAUGUAGGGGCAACUAUUCUGGGAAGGCCUUUUAUGUGCUUAUUCCAUCACCCAGGGCAGACAGAUCCACGCUUACUUGAAUUGCGCUCUGAAGCACAUCAUGUGGGGCUCCACCAGGCCGACGCUGUGUUUGCAGGCCUUCCACACCUUGCUGACAGGUGCCCCUUAUGUGACUCAGACUCAGUGCUGUCAUAGCUGCCAACGAUGGGACAUCACCAACACCUGGCUUAUUCCAGAGAUGGGCUGAAAUCACCCACAAACCGUUCUAAAUCUCACCUCAUGUCUCCAUGCUGUCCUCUAGUAAUCCCUCCCCGCUGUCCUCAGGCCAUGAGGCUGAGAAGAAAUGGGGGCGGGGAUUCUACAACCCAACCUGCAACACUCCUGGCCAUUCUUCCCAGGAGAAGGUGUGGGUGCCCAUCUUUUGGGUCAACGGUCAUGGCCGCAAGUGAGUCAGGGCUGGAGUGAGAGAUGUACAAAUCAUGUGCAGGCUUGACAAGGCAAGCAGAAAUGACAGAAAGCAAGGAAAUGUCCCUUCUGCCCUAGAAAGGGAAGGAAGCUUUAGACUGAGGACUGCAGAACUGUACAGAGUAUUGUAGAAGGAGGGAGCAGGAUAGAAGAAGGGUGGGCAAAAUCCGGCUGGAAGCCGGGGAGUGGAGGAGCAGGGACUUUCUGCUCCCUUUCAAAGUGUCACUCACCCCUUACAGGUGAAAAAGGGAGGCUUCCUUUCACCGACACCCAAGGUCAGUGACUAUCCAUGCGGGGUGGGGUGCCAUGUCCCCGAGUUCCCCCAUCCCACCACUUCUCCAUUUGCUGUCACAUCCCCUUCCCAGGGCCCUGAAAUCAAACGUUCACCCUUCCACCAGCUAAAACACACAGGGGAAACUCUAAUAGCCUAGCCACACUGAAUGGCCCGUUUCUGGCAAGCCAGCUCCCGUGUGCCAGGACCUCAGAACAGUAAAGGCAACCAACCUCAAGAGGAGCGACCCUGAGAGCCAAGACUGCCUUCUGACCUGCUCUGUGGGCUUGCAGUCUUGCUUCAGGCCUCGGGCUAUAGUCACUGUGAGUCCAUCCCUUGAGGGGGGACAGGAAGACUGUGCAUUUGUUUUCUCUCCAUCUUCAGGACUUAUUUUAGCACCCAAGCAUACCCCAGAGAGAGAGACGUGAUGGCGUAACAGACACAGCUGAAUCAGAUGAGCCGGUUUGGGAGCAGAGAUGUUCCUGCUCUUCAGGCAUCCAUUCAGCACUAGUCUAGGCCACCAGACCUUUUCUUCCCCCUUUUUAAAAAAAAAAAAUCAGCUCAUGUGGCAUUUGCAGACUUUUUUGUUUUGUCACUGCGAUGUGUCCUGGGACAAAGCCAUAAGAAGAGCAUACAUACUUAAGACUCUGCUGUACAUACAAGAAGACGAAGACUCGUCUGGGUUCAAGUACGACCUUAUGCCCAAGCAUUUGCUCUGGUGCUGAAUUACGCGAACUACUGGAAUCAGCCCUCCGCCCCCAGCCCCCCGUGCCUCCCCCACCGCUCCCGCUCCCCAACAGUACACAGCAUUCCCACCUUGUUUAUAAAUAAAGGGACGCAUCAUUGCA